AUGAUUACUUAUCUUUUAUAUUCAGUUCUCUUUUUUUUUUUUUUAUAUCAAUGUCCUUUCUUUUCUCGACACAAACAUAAUUUCACACACUGUCCGGCUGUAACAGAGGUAUACACUUUCUUCCUCACUUUGUUUCGCCUUUUUCUUUCCUUCCUUUUCUUCUAUCGACAGCUCGGCUUCCAACCCGACUUACUGCAACAGGAAUGUACACUUUCUUCCUCUCUUUGGUUUUCUUUUUUCUUUCCUUCUUCUUUACACAAUUCAGCUUAUAACAGAGGUAUACACUUUGUUUUCUCUUUUCUUUCUUCACACAAUUCAACUUGUAACAGAGGUAUAUACUUUCUUCCUCUCUCUGGAUAUCCCCUCUCUCUCAGAACCACCUGCUUCUCUCUCCUUCUCACUUAUCAUACUGCCCCUCUCUCUCUCUCCCUCCCUCACAUCAUACUGACUCUCACACUUCACAUCUACCUGCCUCUCUCUCUCUCUCACAUUUACCCCGCUCUCUCUUACAUACAUUUACCUGCCUCUGACUAUUUCGCCUCUCUUUUCUUAUCUACAUGUCUGACCAUCUCUUCAUAUUUGUCUCUCUCUACUUGUCUUUAUUUCUGUCUCUCUCUCACUGUUCCUAUCUAA